AUGCCUACAUCAACGCCGCUCACGUUGCUGGUCCUCGCGUUGACCUGCCUGAUCAAUGUACAUGCUCUUUACAGCAAGUCAUCUCCAGUGCUUCAAGUCACAGCAAAGACAUACGACUCUCUGAUUGCACAAUCCAACCAUACCUCUAUUGUCGAGUUCUACGCCCCAUGGUGUGGCCAUUGCCAAAACCUCAAACCUGCAUACGAGAAGGCGGCAAACAACCUAGCUGGCCUAGCCAAGGUCGCGGCCGUCGACUGCGAUGAUGAUGCCAACAAGCCUUUCUGUGGUCAGAUGGGUAUUCAAGGCUUUCCAACGUUAAAGCUCGUCAGACCGGGUUCAAAGCCAGGUCGUCCUAUUGUCGAGGACUAUAUGGGUCCCAGGUCUACAAAGGGCAUUGUGGAUGCGGUCAAGGACAAAAUUCCAAAUCAUGUCAAAAGACUGUCGGGUGACACGUUGGACAAGUGGUUGAACGCCGAAGAUGUUCCGGCAAAAGCUCUUGUAUUCACGGAUAAAGGUACAACCAGUCCCUUGGUCAAGAGUUUGGCCAUCGAUUUCCUCGGCAGCAUCGCCUUCGCCCAGGUCCGGGACAAGGCUACCGCUGAGAAGUAUGGCGUCGUCGAAUUUCCUGCGAUUCGACUGAUCCCUUCCCAUGGCGCGACUCCUGUUCCGUACGACGGCGAGAUCAAUAGAGACUCUUUGGUAAACUUUUUCAGCCAGGUUGCUCCUCCAAACCCCGACCCAGCACCGAAGAACACAAAGCCAGCCAAGUCUACAGGCAAAAAGUCCAAGCCAUCAUCAUCAGCUUCGGCCGCAUUCUCCAGAGCGUCAGCGGCCCAUAAAUCCUCCGACUUCGAAGAGCAUCUCAAGGGCUCUAGCACCAUCGUACUUGACGAUGACACUUCUACUGAGUCCUCUCUACCGAUUGUCGAAGUGGACGAAAAGCCAAUGAUUGUUCCAGAGGCUAUCACGCCGAUUCCCACUCUCUCAACCGAGGCAGAGGUAGAGGCUGCUUGUAUGAUGCCAAGAAGCGGCAACUGCAUUCUGGUGCUCCUUGCCGAUCCGCAAGAUCCGCCGUCUGAACCAGCAACAUCGGCAUUGGCGGCAUUUGCGGAAAUCAAUCACAAGCACAACAUGCGCAAGGCCAGUACGAUACCCACUUAUGCUGUACCUGCUGAAAACCAAGCUGCAACCCUGAUCAGAAAUGGCCUGGGCCUUGGACAAGAGGGGCGGAUCGAAAUCAUUGCAAUGAACAUGAAGAGAGGUUGGUGGCGACGAUACUCGAGUAGUUCUUAUGACGUCCUUGACUUGGAAAACUUCGUUGAUGCCAUCAAACUCGGCGAAGGUUCCAGGUCAGCCUUGCCCGAUGGCUUUGGAGCAUCGACAGAGAACUUUUCGGAUCCUGAACCCCCAGAGACGAUGAAGGCCACUGAGCCCAUCGAGACAGCCGAUGAUAGUGAAGAUCUUGCCGACCCUGAGCCAGAACAGAGUCCAGAGCCCGAGGCUACUAACACUGUUAUCAGUGCUGCUGCCCCAGAACCUGAGCCUGAAGAGAGCCCGAGCGCAGAGCAUGAUGAGCUCUGA